GUGCAGAGAUCCAAAACACACACCGGAACAAGGCUGCGUGACAAGCGGGUAUUCAAUCGCCCUCUCUUUCUUCGUCUUUUUGUUUUUUUGCGGUAGGAGUUGGAGGCAUCGCCGGUCAUUCCCGGUGGUCAUCAUCUACAUUAUUAUUAUCUUUUCUAUAUACAUUGCCGUCGCUUCUCUGCCUGUACGCCUUUUCACAGUGCGUCAACUCCGUUUCUCCCUCCCUCCCAUUUCAACCCGUGGUGGAUCAUCGGCCGUGGCGGAGUACGCAGACGAAGGCACCAACACCGACAUAAACAUGUCGUCGCGCCAGAUGCGCCGGCUGCAGGACUUGGUGAGCCGCGCUACCGGUCUCGACGCCGCGGAGGAGGAGGAGGAGGCAGACGAGUGGGCGGUGCCGAGCACCACGCAGCCGACCAAGCCCGCGCAUCGGCACCACGACAAAAAGAAAGCGAAGAAGGAAAAGGCGGAGGAGAAGGCGGAGGGGAAGGAGGCACCCGCUGCGAAGUCGUCAUCCGACCCCGUUUCUUCUACCAGCGGCCAAACAAAGAAAUCGAAGAAGUCCGAGAAGUACCCAUCACAGGAGCCAGCAGCAGCAGGGGCGGCAGCCAGCUCCAGUUCUCCGACCGCAGAUGAUUGGGAAGAGGUGGGGGAGGAUGAUGAGGUGAACAUCAACGCAGCGCCAGCCACAAAGGACAGCACCACCCACAAGAAGAAAAACGCACGCGCCGACGAGGAGGCCGAGGAGGAGAAGAACCGCAAGAAGGAGGAGCGGCGGAAGCUGCGGCAGCAACAGCGGCGACAGAAACAAGCGGAGGAGGAUGCGCUGCUGGACGCCGUCCUCGCCAACCAGGCCGACUCCCACAACGCCGCAAAGGCGGUGGAAGGCGAGCUCAACUGCAACUACAGCAGUAGCGCACCGGGGUCGCCCAACACCACCAACGCCGCACCGCCGCACACCCACUCACACGCCGAAGCCAACGCCACGGGCGAUGCUACGAGUUCUCUGCAGUACUUCGUGAUGGCCUGCGACGCGCAGCAGCUGGACACGCGACUCGAGCGAAUUCGCAUGUUUGGCGCCGACGCUGUCGAGGACGUCGGGGACGGCCGCACGCCGCACCGCCGCGCCGACGGCAGAGUCCGCGACACCGGCAGCGUCUCCUUCUUCCCUGCGCAUCACAUGCACGUGAACUUCAUGCGCAGCGCCUUCGCGACACCCAACCGCCUUCGCUGGAUCCCGUACGACUCCCUCGGGGUGUACCUGACGACGGAGGAAGGCCGCGGCACGCAGAGGAGGACGAGGCGCGAGUACACGCUGAACUGUGAUUCCAACGCAUUCCAGCGUGCACUGGCGCAGCUCGGGGCGUGUCAGGACCGCAUGGGCGGUGUGCAGGACCUCGUGGAGUGUCUGGCACGGAACAAGGUUUACCACAUCCCCACGCUGCUGCAGUGCGUCUACGCGAUGGAGGCAACGGGGGAGAGCGCGUUUGCCGGGGAGCUGCUCGACGUCGCACUCUACCAAGUUGGUGUGAUCCUGCGACGCGUUGCGCUGUCCGGGACGUGGGCGCAGCGCCGGCUGCCGGUGACGCGGGGCGGCAACGCGCUCAUCUUUCAGGUCCUGCAGCGUGGCGUGCACGCGGCGCUGAAACGGGGCUGCCUGCGGACCGCUUUCGAACGUACGCGGUGCGUGCUCUCGCUCGACGAGCGCGACCCGUGCGGGAUGCUGCUGCUUCUGGACUACACCGCCCUGCGGGCAAAGCGGUGGAUGUGGCUGCUAGAGAUGCGGCAUCGGGUGCGCACGUCCGCCGGCAACACGCAGGACAUCUCGCUGGAGCGCUCCAUCAAGGCACUGCCGAACUACGCGUUUAGCUGGGCAUUGGCGAAGCACUUUAUCGAGCGAGAGGAGAGACGGCAGGGCGGCGGCGACGGUGGCGGAGGCAACGGUCGUCCUUCGAAGGUGCUUCGUGGCAUCACCGACGCGCAACGCGAGGUCCUCGCCUCCACCCCGGCUGCAGUGGAACUGCUCACCUUCGCCCUCACCCGCUUCCCCCACGCCGCGGUGUGUCUCGUGAAGGCGCUGGGCGGUGUGGAGGUGGUGUGUGGUGGGGCCAGCGGCGGCGGCACGAGCACCAGCGAUGACGACGUGCUACCCGUCGCCGACUGCUCUGUGUGGUUCGAUGGCGUCUUGACGAGGGCGGCGGAGGAGAUCAGCGACGAGGCGCUUCAGCAGCGACGCCUCGCCGAGCUUUUCGUCGCACGGCACGAGGAACUGUGGAAGCUGACGGAGUGCAUCUCGCUGCUGCGGGCGGCAGUACGGUCGUUGGUGUACGAGUCCAAGACAGCGUCCGGCACGGACAUCCCCGCCUCGCCCCUCACUCGCAACUCGCCCCUGUUGGACCCCUACGCGUACCUCGACCUCACCCAGGAGGCCGUGUUGGGCGUCAGCGUGGCGCCGAUCCCGGCAGAUCUGCUGCGACCCGACGCUGCGGACCUCGGGAUGGGUGGUGGUGACGGGGAAGGCGACGGCGGUGAUAUGCUGCGCGUCGACCCGGCCAUGGCGCAGGAGUUGCUGCGCAUGGUGCGGCAGAACAUCGAAGACGGCGUCGAGGACGAGGCGACGCAGCGGUACCUGCAGCAACUCGAAGAAGAACUCGGCGAGCGUCUGCGAAGGGGCCGUCCAGUCGGAGAAGAGGCAGGUGGGCUCGACGCGCUGCGUGGAAACCGCCAGCACCACCAUCCCAAUAACAACAUCAUGGCGGGCGACGCGGCUGGGGAACUGGACUGGUACGACUACGAUGACGAAGAGGCCGAGGAUGUGGAGGCGCAGGAGUGGUACAGCGUGGCGAGCGGCGAAGACCGCGACAACGACGACGACGCUGACGUGGAGAGGCAGCGGCGCGGUGGUACGCAGUGA